AUGGCAUUAGCUGAUCCCGCAACUCAAGUGAUGCUGGGAUUAAUGGAGGGAGUUCUUUUGAACCCUCCAGAAUGUCGCACUCUUGAAAAAGUAAAGAUGAUUCUUCCUCUCCUAAGAACGAGAUCACCUUUGUUUUAUAACCUCAGAAAAGAUCUCCUUGUGGACAUUGCCACAAAUGCUAGUUUGAAGAAAUUCAAAAGAGAUCAUGUUGUCAUCUGGCAAGGACAAGAAGGAAAUAAUUUUGGGGUCAUUAUCAAAGGAGCUGCGUCAGUGCAUGCCAGGGAGGACCACGGAGGAGCACCUCAACAGGACACUGUAUCAAUACCACGUGGCCAAAGAGAACGUGUGGCAAUGGUCGGCCAUGAGCUUAGGCACAUUUCAGCGGGAGGUAGCUUCGGUGAAAGGGCCAUGUUAUGUGAACAUCCGCCAUACAACGUGACUGUUAUAGCUGACGAACUGAUACAUGUGCUACUGAUAGACAGAACGCUUUACGCGAGAUCAUUUGGUGCUCACAAGCUGGAGUGGGAAAAAAAGGUUGAGUUCGUCAAUCAGUCUCCCCUUCUCCGACAUUUGACGCCAGCUAUCCAGAACCUGUUAAUGGAGAACUUAAAACCUCGCGAGAUACAGUUUGGUAAUCGCUUCAUAAAGCAAGGAGGCGUUUGCAAUAGCCUUUUCUUCGUUUGUAGUGGAUGGGGAAAAGUUAUAGCAGAUCUGCGCAUCAGCAGGACCCAGUAUGAAGCAAUGAAAGCAACUUCGAGAAGCAAGGAGAAAUCCUCAGGUCGGAAGACCAUUAGCUGUGACAGGGAAUACAUACACACUAAGAAACUGGAUCCUAGUCGCCCUCUUUCGGUCAUCAACAGACGAAAGUACAUGCAGGAGUUUGGAUACGUUGCCGUAGAGACGCUUUUGAGACAGAGAGAAGUACCUGUGACAACUACAGGUCCAAACGACGUCAUCGGUGACAUUGAGGUUAUAAUGAAUUUCCCAACGUACUGUGCGAGCGUGGAGUGUAUUGAAACCUUGCACGUUUACGAGCUGAGCAAGUUCGAUUUUUAUCAAAUUGUUAACCACAGGAGUACUGAAACAGACGAUCUCUUACGAAAUGGUGCUCUCGCCAAGCUGUGUUUUCGAGCCCAGCGUCUAAAGAAUAUACCGUUGUACACCUUGCUAUACGAGCAAGCCUUAACUCCUGUCAAAGAACCAACAAGGAAAGCAUCUCUUUGGGCACAAAAGGCCAAUCAAAUUAGAACUAUAAAUAAAAUGGUCAGCAGCUUGAGCAAAAUUCAACGAACGCCUGCAGUGGACAAGACAAAUAGCAGCAAGGAAGCCGAGAAGAGGUAUAAGAACGGUGGAGAUUCAUUGGUAAAAACAACCAAUGAAAUUACGACACUGAUCACGUAUUGAGAUUUCAUGAUGGGAGUAAACCUGUUAAAAAUUUUUUCCCAAAUGCGCUCAAUUUCGACUACAGGAAGUCGCCAUUUUUAAUUUUGCACAGGAUACUGUCUGAGCAGUUUAAAAUUGCGGAUUCCGAAAUCGAGUUUUGAGCUCAUUUGGAGACAGUCUUUGAACGGUCAGGAUUAAAUUUCGAUACGCAGUAUUGAAUUUAUAUAACAUGGUUUUCACAGCAUACUUCUCUUUAAGAGUGAGUCACCCCCUCCCUGUGAAAAAGAUUUUCAUCGUACGCUGCAACGCGCGCUUAAAAUAGUUUUGUUUUAUUUAUCACUUUCGACCCCUUUUCAUACGGCAAUGUCGACACACAUUUGAGUAACACGUUGUUUAUCUAGUAGAGACAAUACACAAAAAAAGAGCAACACGACAGAUUGAACAAACUUAUGGGAAACAAAUAUUUUACCGAUCAAACUGCACAGAAAGUGGAAUUUCCAAUUAUAAGCGUUACAACACAUUACAACAAUCAUGUCGAUAUAUUUUUUUUACGUUUUCCAACAUUCGUUUCAUUAACUUAGAGGCACGAGUGGAAACAAAACUGAUGACAAACAGCUGGACAAGAAGGUAAAAAAAAAUCAUGCGCGGAAGCUACAAUGUAGGCUAUCUUAAAUAAUCAGAACUAAUUGCGUAACAGGAACCACUCCGUUGCCGAAGGUUGGGUAUCCAAUCAGAGUCAAAAAAAUCAACUAAACAUUCACUCAGUCAACUAAUCAGUCUUUAAGUUAGUCAAUCAGCCUUUAAUUCACCUAGAAAGUUAUUUAGUCCGUCAACAAAUCAGCAGGGAGUUAUAACAGAGUUAUAACCCACCCGUUCAAUCAGUGAGUCGGUCAGUAACUGAGUCAGUCGAAUGGAUAUCCUGCUGGCAAACAUCAACGUCAUUCAUCAAAAAGAGUUACAACUGUGUUUAAAAUAGGAAAUUGUUAUCUUUUAUCUUGCGAUUAAUUCUCUACCAAAAUGAAUCGCUCUGCUGCACACAAGAUGUUGUAUUCUACAACAUGUAGUCUGCUUCAGACGAUGCCGUCGCCUGAGGUGGAGCGAAAAGGUUCAUGAUAAUUUAGCUGAAUGAGCUUUUAGCCAACCAUUAGUUAUAGUGAAAUUGCAUGAUAAUCGACACACAUAUCUAAAAUGUCUAGUCAUUGCCGCGUAAUUUGUGAUCGUUCAAUCGAACUGCAAACAUGUUUUUAUGUGAUUAAAUUCUUCUGAAAGGAUGCCCAAUGAAUAAAUCCUCACAAAAACCUUACGAAAUAAUGGAUUACAAUGUAAAUUUCUGCUUCUUUUACAGUCUGCUCACAGGUUGAUGCAGAGGAAUUUGCAGAGACGAAGUGUCAGCUGACGGUUUUUGUCCAGGUGUUCGAUUGGUCAAAAGAGAGAUUGCAUCUAAACAACCGAGCUUCUUUACUUCCUCUAUCUUUGGCUUCUUUUUCCUAACGCAUUAAUUUAAAAUUAAUCUUUUGAACCUAGCCUGGUAUAUGUAGAACGCUGUGCAGGUGUAUUUUUUUUU